GCGGCCACAAUCAGUCACAUUAGUCAGUCGUCGGCUGUUGAUUUUAGUACACGUGAUAGGUACAAUCAUCGCGACGAAUGUGCGUAAACUCGUCACUUACUUAGUUUAUUAUUUGUUUUUGACGGAAUAAGGAUCUCAGUUUGUACAGGCGAUGUCGCUUGGCAAGAUUGUUCCUUAGGUCAAGCAAAGCUGAUUUGGUACCAAAAGGGGAUUCUCUCCAGGUCCAAUCUAUAUAUUUCUUCCUGCUCUUAGCAGCUAGUAGCUACGCACCAGCCCCAAGAUGUCGGCAUUCAACGUUGUGCUGGGGUGCGUGAUGGCGCUGUUGAUAAUCUUGUUUACAACAAGCGCUAUCGCCCGAUAUUAUAUUAAGUUUGUACUUUUUGUGAUCGCCGCAGUUAUUUUUGCGACAGCUCCACUACCUCUGAUGCUGUUUAGACCGUUCAACCCGAAAAAUGCUUUAAUUCCAGCAGCUCUUCUAAGAUGGACAGCAAGGCUACUUCUUGGCAUCCGAUUUGAAGUGCGAGGUCUGGAGAACAUUGAUAACUCGAGGGGCACGGUGGUCCUCCUAAAUCACCAGAGCUGCCUCGACCUUUAUGUGUUGGCGGUCCUGUGGCCGCUGAUGGCACGCUGCACGGUCAUCUCCAAGCGCACCAUGCAGUAUUUGGUGCCGUUUGGAACCGCUGCUUGGAUGUGGGGCACGGUGUUCAUCGACCGGGGUUCCCGUUCGGCGCACGAUGCCCUUAACGUACAAGCAACGGCUGUCAAGGAACAGAAGCGUAAACUGCUCCUGUUCCCCGAGGGCACCCGGCAUAGCGGUGACAAGCUGCUUCCUUUCCGCAAGGGCGCUUUCCACGUGGCCAUGGAUGCCGGAGCUCCCAUACAGCCGGUGGUCGCCUCCAAGUACCACUUCCUAGACGACAAGCGGCACAAGUUUGGAUCAGGAGACGUUAUUGUGACUAUAUUGCCGAUGGUUGAAACGAGCGGCAUGACCAAAGAUGACCUCUCUUUGUUAAUAGAAAAGACUCAAAUUGAAAUGCAGGAUACCUUUACACGUACGUCGGCAGAGACGCUAGCUCGACACGCGUCAAAACAACACGCUGAUUAAAACAUGGGUGUUUCAUAUUUAGGUACCUAAUAUUUUUACAAGAGCGCCAAAGCUGUGAUAGCAUGAACAUUUUAUCUUCAGGUCAUGAUAGGGUUAUUCAAUAGGGUAAAUUUAAGUAUUGUGAUAACUUAUUAAAUUAUUUAAAAAAUCUUGAGUUUUUAAUACGAAAUGAAAGUACCUUUUUACAUCAUAAAAUUAUUUUAUUAAAAGAUUUCACUUUACGAAAAUAUGUGACUUUACACAUUUCAUUUUUUUUGGUUCAAUCAAAUACAGAUACAAGUACAGUUGCUCAGGUUGUGGUAACAUAGUUUGAAUUACAUAGCAGUAUGGUAUCAAUACAAAAUAAGUAAUUGAUAAAAUCGUUUUUGAAAUAUUCUAUAAUAAAGGCAGACUUA